UUGGAUAAUCUUUACGGGUCUGUGUGAAUUGUGAUCACCGCAAUGGGAUACGCUAUAUUCUAUACCUUUUUUUUGGGUAAGUUGUGAUUUAAUCUAAUGGAUCGUUCACUGCAUGUUGAUGUUGAUGUUGACUUUAAUUCAAUUGCAUGUAGGAUUCAAGCUGAAUUUUUUUGUGGGUUUGUGUUUGAUUCACUUUUUGAUCUAAUAUUUAUGAUAGAAAGCAUGUGUUGUUUUAUCAUACUUCACUGAUUAGAACUGAAGUUAUGAACGUUUCAUUUAAUGUUUGCGUGAAUCAAAAUUCGCUUUUUAUUAGUGUUGUCCAUUAUACUUGUGUACUGUCGAAUGUUCUGUUUCAAAACUUGAAUAUAUGCUCUCCAGUCAUUGAUUCUUUGCAUAAAUAAAUAAAUUGUCAUGCCAUAAAUACAAAUUAUUCUGAAGUUCACUUUUCGCUUUUUCUUUGUCUAUAAAGAUUGUAUAGUAUAUACCCUGCCAUCACUAGAUUCCCCUUGUCACCAAUAGACUGUUUGGCACUAAUCAGUAUCCAAGUUUAGGUUAGGGCAGGUUACCACCUAGAAAUAAAUCAGCUUGUAAAAGCAUUAACAGCCAUAAUGGAGUUUGUGGAUUACUUCAUACAGCUUAAAUACAAACUGCAAAAGCACUAUCAGCCAUUACGGAGAACCAUAUAUAGUUAUGAUGUCCUGGAAGAUCUCCUUCUAUUCAUUGCCUGUAGAAGAAUGUAGGUUGAAGUACAAUGGCAAUUAUGAAACACCAUACAAAUAAUAAUCAUAGAAGGAAAAAAUGUGGUUCAUAGGAUUAACCUGAUUUGAUCAACCUCUAGUAGUUCAACCAGAUUCCCAAAAGAUAAUGGAGUGAGGAUUUAAAAGAGUGAUUAAGAGGGCUGCUGUACGUGAACAAACUAAGGUAUAAAGGUUCAACCUUCAAGGCAUGGCUAAGUGCCAAAGUUCUGUGCCAAUCCAAAUUUGGAUCACUUAACGUUCCCUAUGAGGAAAAUUAUAUUGAACCCUCAACCUAGAAGUGUUGAUGAAUCCACCCUUGCUGGAACUCACAAUCCUAUUUGCGCAUGCUGGUUCAGAAAUGCCUUGAUGAUUAUAGCAAAUGUGAAAAGUAAAUAUAUGACCUAACUGGCACAUUUAUGUACAGAAAGCAAUGGCCGGUUCAUCUCAAGCUGUAAAUGCUAACAUCGUGACAAAGUUAGGUUCUACCAAUGCUCAAACUAAGGUCGCAGACAAUGAUCAGCGGUUUCUUUUGUUCUUUGUGAUUGGUACCUACUUUGGACCUGAUCUUAAAGGGGAGACCCCCCAAAAGUCAGUUUUGCAGAGAAUUGCUGAGGGGCUUCCACCUUAUACUUCUGAUCAGCUAGCUGGGUCACACAUAGAAACAGUAGAGGUAGAGCAUAUUUACCGUCAUGUUCUUAGGAAGGCUCACCAAUCUGCUGUUGUAAAAUUACCUUUGUUGCUCCAAUUCUUUGAUGGUAAUCUCCCUAGAAAUGGAGAUGACCCAACAGCCAACUACCCUCAGUUUCCCGAUCUCUUUCCUCCCUUACUUCAUCCCCGUUCUCUGAGCCAAAACCAAAACAAGAUUGUAGAAAACAUAGUAUUUGUUAACAACCCAGAAAUAUAUUACAUUGACAGAGAGGAUAUUGAAAGAUUCAGGAGGUUAACUGGACUGAAGGAUUUUCUUUUGGAUGAAGAUGCUGCAGGGUUGCAUACUACUGAUGGUGUCAUUUCACAUAGUGCAGCAGUUCAAGUGGACGAGUUUAAUGGAGGCUUUUCUCCUUCCAAAUCCUCACAAAAAACUAGGAAAACUAGGUGCAUGGACGAGCUCCUUAAGAUAAAUGAUCCUCUUCAACAUGACAGGGCUGGUUCGGCCAUGGUAUUUCUUCCUUCUCUUCCAACUGAAUCGGAAUUGUCUAAAAUAGUAGCUGCUACUAAGAACGGAUUUGCAUUGACUGGGAGUGCAGCAGUGGGGCCUGUGGGGCCAACUGUAGGACUCAUGGACAUUGGGGAAUGCGAGGACUCUUACAUCUUUCGCAUGUCCCUUCCAGGGGUAAAAAGAGAUGAAAGAGAUUUUAGUUGUGAAGUUUCAAGUGAGGGCCAGGUAUUAAUACGAGGGGCUACUACAACUGGUGAGAAGACAGUUUACAGGUACUCCCAAAUGUUUGAAAUGCAAACACAGAAUUUAUGCCCGCCGGGGCGGUUCUCCAUCUCUUUUAAGCUCCCUGGUCCAGUUGAUCCUCAGCAAUUUUCUGGUAAAUUUGGCACUGAUGGGAUUCUUGAAGGAAUUGUUAUGAAAGAAAGUUGGCAGAUGAAAUAAAAAUAUGCCUUGUAUAUGACAUUGCCUCUUAAUACUGCAACUAGUUGUUGUGUAUUGUCGGGACUUGACUAAAAUGGUCCAUAAAUAACAAAUAACUUAGACAUUUGAUAUCUUACAACUCAAUGAGCUAGUAGAAAAUAGACUUUUUUCUUUUCAAAGUACCUUUUCAAAUGGGAUGUCAAGUAAGUUCAACAGA